AUGCAGGACAGUAGAGCCCAAACUAACAUAGCAGUUGGAUCUUCUCUAACUGCCACAAAUGGCAACUCUUCAUGGCUUUCUCCUUCUGAAGACUUCGCAUUCGGCUUUGGCUCCUUAUCCAACGGCGACACCAAGAAUGACCGACUCUUCUUGCUUUCCAUCUGGUAUAACAAUAUACCUUCUGAAACAAUCAUCUGGUUCGGGAAUCAAGGCCGUCCGGUCCCCGCAAACUCGAAGCUAGAACUCACUUCUGGUUCAGGUCUCGUCCUCACCAAUCCGCAGGGUGAAGAGCUGUGGAAAUCCGAGAACAUCUCCGGCACCGUCUUGCACGCUGUGUUCAAUGACACAGGCAAUUUCGUGAUCCUGGACUCGAGCUCGGAGGUACUAUGGCAGAGCUUCGACAAUCCUAGCGACACAUUGCUUCCGUCGCAAGUGCUAGGAAAGAACAUACUCCUCUCCUCUCGUCAAUCGGAGGAGAGCUUUUCCAGAGGGAGAUUCCAACUUUGGAUGCUCGACAGCGGAAACCUCGUGCUCAACACGAUCAACCUGCCUUCCAAUUACACCAACGAGGCUUAUUAUAGUGCCAAGACCGGCAGCUCCAACUCACCGACAGCGGGGAAAGAACUUGUGUUCAGCAACUCGGGUUCUCUGUUCGUCUCAAGAGAAGAUGGCGAGAAAGUCUAUCUCUCGCAGGGGAAAAUACCUUCGACGUCGGAUUUUUAUCACAGAGUCACCCUGGACUUUGAUGGUGUCUUGACUCAGUAUGUGCACCCCAAGAAUUCUGGUUCCAGUGGAAGCUGGAGAAUUCUGUGGUGCAACCUCAAGACAUAUGUAGCGAUGUUUAUGUCCGUGAUGGAAUUGGCGUUUGUGGGUACAACAGCAUUUGCAAACUGGGUGCGGAUAACAGGCCAAAGUGUAACUGCCCAGACAAAUUCACGUUGCUCGAUCCCAGUGACAAGUAUGGCAGUUGCAGGCCUAAUUUCACGCAGAGCUGUGCGGAAGAUCAGGAAAGGUUGA